AUGCCGCCUCUUCCUACAGCAGCUCUCCCUGGCUUCAGUCCAAGAGUCACUUACCACGACAACGGUGAAUACAUUAGUUUGCUACCUCUUGUCACGAACCCUUCAGGCGUUACGCAUGUCAUUUUAAGUGCUAUACAUGUGAACUGGGAUCCCAACAGUCUCACUCUGAACGAUGACACUCCUGAUGACCCAAAAUAUACACAGCUAUGGGAUGAGGCCAUGGUAUUGCAAGAUAGCGGAAUUAAAGUCAUGUGCAUGCUGGGUGGUGCAGCUAAGGGAUCAUUCGCAAGGCUUGACUACAGCGAGUCAAGGACUGAUGUGCCACUGGCUCGCUUUGAGGCUUACUACGUACCACUACGCAAUUUUAUCCGAGCUCACAACCUGGAUGGCAUCGAUCUUGAUGUCGAGGAAGAAAUGUCACUACCUGGAGUUGUUCAUCUCAUUGAUCGUUUGAAAGCAGACUUUGGACGAGAUUUCAUCAUCACACUUGCCCCAGUUGCUACUGCCUUGAUGGCUGGCCGACCUCACCUCUCUGGUUUCGACUAUCGGCUGCUGGAGGCUGCGCGAGGCAGGUCAAUAGCUUGGUAUAAUGCACAAUUUUACAACGGAUGGGGUGGGCUACAAAAUACUGCCGCUUACGACGAGGUCAUGCGAAACGGAUGGCCGGCUGAGAAAGUGGUUGCUGGGAUGCUGACAAAUCCUCGACAUGGUGGCAGUGGUUACGUGCCUCUAGAGCUAACAGCAGCCGUGCUCAGUGUGCUUGUUGAAAAAUAUCCCAACUUUGGUGGCGUAAUGGGGUGGGAGUAUUGGAGCUCCUUCCCUCAAGUCGAACACUCAUGGAUCUGGUCCUUCUGCAUGACACUCUGCAUGGGCAUGCGCAAGGUAAGAGAUGCAGCGAUAAUCGUAAGCAUGGGACGGAGCUUGUCGUCCCUCAAUACGCAAUGA